AUGUUGUCGGGCAACACAACUAUGAUGAACGACUACAUCAUGUUCCGCCUGCUGGUGGACGACUCCGGACGGCACAAACAGAAGCGGAACUCUCUGCAGCCUCCCGUCGGAGCUCCCGGAGUCCCUGGAGCCGCGGGAGUCGGACAGGGCGCCGGCGGACCGCGGGGAAGCUUCAUGAUCCCGCGGAAGUCAAUCACAACUGAAAACGGUACUGAAAGGGAGCAACGCACUGUUGGUGUGCGGGGUUUGCGCGCGAAACUGAAACACAGAACAUGUUAUAGCUCCGAAUACUAAUCCGUUGCAUUUGCAGAGCCGUUCUGCUCUCCGAUGGUUCCGCACGUGCCGAUUCGUGAACGUCUCGCUCGACGAGGAACAAGUGGUGAGUGGUAUGACGUGGCAUUCCUCAGCCCGUGACAUCAUGUUGACAUAGACAUGUGGGGCACUGCACGCUUUUUGUGGGCCUCUGCGACGGCGAAAAUGAAGGAUGACCAGCUUAUUCAAGUGAGAUUGGGAGUGUGUUCACUGGGUAAGAGCAGCGAGCAAUAAUUGCUCUUUUUGCUGCUCCCGCCGCCGCCGCCGCCCGUCGCUCUUUUUGUUCUCGUCCCCAAUGAAAGGGAAAGAAGGGCCUCAAGAAGGAAGUUGAGUGGGCGAGAAACGAGUAAUUGCGGGCAGUUUGACACGAGAAGGGCACUUCCAAGAAAGACAGAUUGGGACUAAAAACGACGAGGAACUAAAGGACCUUAAUUUGCAGCUGACAUGAGCGACGACGCCAGUGCGUACACAUGUUAUGCGCCGAGACGUCGACGGAUGAGCCUCCUGCAGACGCUCCGGCAGCAGAAUCGGGCGCUCGCCGACAGCGGAUUCGACAUGCACCGCCAGAGGACCGACAGUGAGAGCACGAACCGAGGUGAGCGGAAGCUCACGUACUUCCCUUUGCACCUUUACACUCCCCUGCUUCCCGCUCUUUCCCAUGAGAGCUCAAUUGAGCAGAAAGACACCGUAAUCCGCUGCAUUUUGAUGUUUUUGACUUUCUCAGAAGCAGGGGGUUUCAAUUAUUCAUAGCGGCCGUUCUCACGGAAUUCCGCAAAAAAACAAUUUGAUGAGGCCGAAAAUUAGGAGGCGAUUCUAUGGGAAAUGGUUUUCAGACACGUGCUCUCCGACCCAGAAGGCUUCUCCACCGGCAACUCCGUCGAAGAAGGCGACAAUGGCAUCGCAGAUCAAAAACAAGUAAGCAUGGACGGGGAAACUUGAUCCAGAGACUCAUUAUCUGAAACUCAAUACGCUUGUUUUGAACUGGAUGUUUUCGCGAAGAGGGCAUUGCUCUCUUCCCGAUUCUUACGGUAGCCCGAUGUCCCAAGGCGCCAAUGUGUCCUUCGUUUUCACGUACGCGGAGCACGGAAGAAGGGGUCGGGUGAGCCCGGAAAAGAACUAUGACGGAGAGGUCCCCGGGGACGAAAAUGUGAAUAAAUUGAAAACGGGAAAGGAAGAAGAAAAAAGACAGGCAAAAAUAAAUGUUUUAAAUGGCAGGCGCGUGGCGAUUUUUGGUGCCGAAGACGGAGGUCCCUGAAGAAACAGAGAGAAAGGAGGAAAUGAAAUGGAUUUGCAGGAUAUUCGGCAAGAAGAAGGACUCGGGCGCCUCGGGAAAAGUGUACAACAACGGGGAAUACUCGCAGAGCUGCGACCUCAUCAACGGUAAGAACGCCCACGAAGCCGAAAGAAAGGACUCUUCUCCCUUUUAAGGCCGUUCCCGCAAGUCUCCGUCGACCACAAACGACAGCGGACGGGGAAGUCAGGGACAUUUGGAGGAAAAAAUGGAAGCAAUGGUGAUCGAGGAACAUAUCGAAAACGACGAUUGCGGAUGCGAAGAGGAAGAAGAGGAGGAGAUGGACGCUCCGAUUCUGAGCAACAAACGGAGCGAUGUCAGAAGACACCGAACUAGUGAGUAGAUGAUAACGAGGAUACUUUCAGAGCAAGACACAGAAAUUUCAGGCUCGUGUCCCGACAUCUCGGCCCUCGUUUUUCACGAGCCGACGUCUUCCGGAUCCUCUUCUGGCAGUAAGAAAUGUCCGAUCGCAGUGGACACUGACACGGAAGAGGAGCACUUCGAACGAGUCAAACGGGCAAGCUCUCCCAUCACAGGUACUCCAUCUCUUUCAGCUUUUUCUCGAGCUCAUUCCUUUUUCUCUCUUUGCAGCAGCCGAUUGUCUUGUGGAACGUCGUCUGAACCGCAAGUUCGUCGAGCAGCGUCGUCAGCAAGUGGCCAUGUAAGGAGUCCUUCCCCGCCAGUCCUCCCUUUCCCCUCUGAUCUCCGAUUCUCAUGUACUCCUUCACCGGGCAACAUCCAUCCGUUUAUUAUUGUCAAACCAGUAUUUGUCGCUAUGCAAUUGUUACCGUAAUCUUCCUGUUCGACCCUACAGUAAUCUUAUCUAUCCCGCUGAUUUCGACCCGAUUUGCAGAAAAAGAAACAUACUGGUGCCAUCGAAUAAAAUGAAAACAAGCAAAAAAAACAUAAUAUUUGACCCGCUUUUACUUGGUGAUUAAUAAAGUGUACAUACAUUUGAGAGCCAAGAGUUUCAGAUUUUCAGCCGAAAAUUCCAAUGGAAUGAAUGGGAAUGCUGAAGUCGGAGUGCAUGUUUAAAGUCCAAAGGACGAAUUUAUGUAUAUUAUUUUCUGACAUGAAUUGAAUGGAAUGUUGCCCGGUGUUGCCCUAGUUUCCAUCUGUCUCUCUGUUUCUCUGUCUUUCUCUCCAUCUUUCCCACUCCCGGAAAUGAACGAUAUUCGGUUCGAACGAAAUCCUUUUGUUUUCAGGAGUCACAUCGAAGAAGUUUCCGAUGACGUCAGCAGAGUCUCCACGUUGUCCCGGAGGUUUGAACCGUCCGAAGAGCAUGAAGAAAUGAACGUUUCAGAACUGCGCAGACGGAAGAUCUCGCCGACUUCGACGACAAUUUCUCGUCGGUCGUUCUCGAUCACUUUCUGUCUUCUACACGUGAGUUUUCAGAAAAUGUGCACCCAAAAUAUCAGUUACUCAUUUUAAAGUGCAGACUAGCGUUCCUGAAUGGUUUGAGGUUCAGUUUAACGAAGUGCUGUAGAGCGGGAAAACUAUUAUUUUUAGUGAUUGCUCCUCCGAAAUUUCGGUUCCAUCCAUAAAACAAAUGCGCAUUUCGGUCGCCCUUAGAGACAGAAACCAUCGCUUUUUCCUUCUCCUUUUCUCUUUUUCUCCGUUUUCUUUCCAAUUUUCUCGUAAAAAGUGCCCGUUUUCCCUUUCGAUUUUCCCGUCGUCUAUCUCAAAAACGAGCAGAUAAAAGCAUAGUUAGCCGGGGGAAAAAGGAGGUCCAAGUGUUCUUUUUAUCUCGUUUUCCCCUCGAGAGUCAUAAAUGAGAGAGACCUUCGCUCCGUUUUCCCUUCCGAAUCAGUUUGCUCGUCGAUCUUUCUCGCACCGCCGAGCAAAUAUAUCGAUGAAGGCUCGCGGAGCUCUCGAAACAUUCAAAACCUAACAAACGCAUACACAAAUAUUUUUGUAUCAUAUUUCACUCGAAAAUUCUGUUUUAUGACCUUUUUUGAGUUUUUUUUUCUCUUGAUCCAUAUGUUUUCAGAGCUCAACUUUGACGAUUCCGACUCUGCGGACUUCUCGCUGAGCGGGACAAUCGACGACGAAUUCCAGGAGGAUCCGUGCGAAAGGUAAUUGGGAGGGGAACAGCAGAACAGGGACCAUUUCUCAUCGGGGAAAACAUAAACCCAUAAUGUGGAGUUGAAGGUAAUCCCGGAAAGAUUCUGCGAAACAAAGCCAUUGUUGUGCGCUUCCUUUUCCAUUUUCUCUCUUCUGAGUUCUCAGUUCUUCCCGUUUCUGCAAUAGUACAACAUUUCCACUCUUUUUCAGCUCUUCAAACACUGCCACGUCUGUCCAGACGGACUUGACACUUUUGAAUGUGGAGCAGGAGAUAGCCGAGUACCUGGAGCAUUGCCGCGACGCCAGCGUCAAUAUCACGGAAGAAGUGAGCACAAAAUGAGAUUUUGAUUGGUCCGUGGAAUGUUUUCGGAAGAAAGGUUCCUUCCGUUGUGGCUCCGGGGGCUUAUGAUAUGUGGAAAAACAAACAAAGGUGUCGAAAUGACGAGGAGAAGGGGUGAAGGAAGGGGCGCACGGAGAGGAUGCAAAUUGGAUUUGACCCCUUCUUUCCCCCGUCUAUUUUCGUUUCUUUUCGAGGGUCCUGAUGAUGCCUUCUCCCACUCCAUUCUCUUCGUUUUUCACUCCAAUACGCCCCAAAUGAUCUACUCAUCAUCUCCCCUGAGAUUGUUGCUCAACUAUCGGGCUCACUUUUCCCCCGGAUUCACUAGAUUUAUUGUCGAUUUCUUCGGUCUCUCAAAGAUUCCUUUUUGGCUUUAAAAUUCAGUCAGUAGUACGAAUUUCUGAUCUUUCAUUUAAAACAUGUACUUGAUUCAAUUACAGUAAUGAACCAGGUGCAAGUGAUCUCAUACAACUCAAACUCAAUUAUAUUAUUUUUUUUUCCGAGUCUCCUUGUGAGAUUGUCGUCUUCUCCGUAAAACUCAUCAAUUUUGUGGUGAAGAGACAGAGAUUAGAACCUCCUCCGACUCGUUUUUUGGCAACUUUCUCCCCUGCAAACCCUUUUUUCCCCUCCCAAAGUGGCUUCGUUUUCGUCGGGAAAGUAAUCUUGCAUCGUAUAGAAAAUGAGCGCCUCGGCCCAAAUUAACCAAAUUAUUGAGCCAAUUCUGUGACACUUUCUGCAAAUUUCCAAGCUCAGCCGAACCCGAAAACGAGUCUUUCUUCUUCUUCUUUUUCUCUGGCUCCGCCCAUUUCUUCCGACCUAUUCAAUCAGUGUACCAUUGUCAAGAAAAUCCCCGAGCCCGCGGGCGCUGCCGCUCAAAAAAGGAAACCCGACAUAAUUUUGAAACCAAUUAGGAUGUCGGAGCAGUUUUUCCAUGUCUCUCCGCUCCGCUCCCGAAAGUGUCAUAUUUUCGUGUUAACCGACGGUUGACCGCACUCACUGAAAGAAACUUCAGACGUCUUUUGCAUUUCUCCUCCCUCUUCACCGCCUUCUACUCUAAUUGAAACCCUCUCUUGACACCUCCGUGAAAAGCAGAAGAGACGACGGAAUACUUCCGAUGUGCACCCGUCCGCACUCUUUUCAGUGCGAUUUGCUCUCGCUCACUCUCCUAAAUAGGUCACGCAAAAAAGCGAUAGGUCCCACCGAGAUUUGAACUCGGAUCGCAGGAUUCAGAGUCCAUGGAACCGGCGUCGGCUGAAUGUCGCAGAGAAUUUGACAUUAAAUAGUGCUAGUUUCUCUCUCUCAUAAACCACACAUUUGAGAACAAUCCCCUCGCAUUUUUCGAUCGGAAACUAGGGACCACUUUAUUAUUGAAAGAGUCAUAAAUCCAUCAAAAAAAGCGCGCGUGAUUUCUUCCUCAAUUUCGAAUUCAAUUACUGCAAGAUUUCCCGUCGUCGCCGCUGCUGUUUUGUGCUCACUUCCCGCCCUUUUCGCUCAUUCAAUUACCUUUCUUCCUCCAACUUUUUCCUCGUAUUUCUAGAUUUGAAUUGACUGAAAAUGCCGGAAGAGUCCACAGUUGUGGGCCCUACAAAAGUGUCCUCCCCGGCGCCCCCGGCGGCCUUUUGGUGGCGGGAGAAGCGGUCGCCGAAGGUGCAGUAUCCGCGGAGUGCGUACCCGAGAAGCCGCAGUUCCGACGCAGACAAUCGACACGGAAACGAGGUUAGGGGAACGAUGUUUGGCCAAAUGACUCAAGUCUUGCACUCUUCCUUUUUUAAUUUAAAACUUAAUUAACGAAAGAAAAGGAAAGGCAAUUCGAAAGUGCUCGGCACAAAGUUUUAGUUGGAAAAGAGCAGGAAACAGCAGGAAACACAAUGAAUUGCGAAAUGAGAUGGGCGGGAUGGUUCCUCCCGAAAACAUUCCAUGCACUGCAUUCAUUUGAACCCGGGCUCGAAACUCUGAUCCCCCGAGCCUUCAAUUUCAACUUUCAGGGAAUGAAUUUCAUCGCAAAGCACUUCUUCGAGUACCAGUCAUUCAUGAAUAUCCCCCACAAAGCAGUGCAUCUUCAUAAAGUUGUAAGCAAUUCAUGAUCGAUUCCACAUUGAGAAUUCCAUUUACAGCCAGCUUCCCAGGCGGGGACGGAUCCCUCGAUGGGAUGGGCCCCGAAGAACAUGCUGAAAGCGGGAAAGCACCAACCUGCUCCGGGCGCCCGAGCCAACCGAAUCCAUCGAGAUCCACGUCCGAACGGAACGAAAUACGGGAGAGCCGGAAGGCACGAGCACAGAGAAUGGGGGGACAGGCACGGAGAACUGAGGGACGAGAAGGUGGCCGUGCAUAAGGACGCGUGGACAAAGUUCCUGGCGAACGACGACCAGGGCGCGAGGACGGCGUUCGAGUGCGACUUCGAGGACCGUGUGCUGGCGGUGAGUGACUGUGAGAUCAAACAUCCUGAUCGGUCAGCGAUGUUUGGUGUUCUCCUUCUCAGAAACUUACCCUAAUAGCCUAAUUGGCUUCUUUUACCCGUGCCGCUUUUGCAAGUUGUACAUCGGAACAACAUCUCAAAAACCACAGAUUUCAGACGGAAGAAGAGACGCUACAGGAGAAACUAUGCAGAGCUUCGCCCGAAUCAAUGAACCUGAAUGCGUUGUACGCUGCCGCGAACAAGGCCUGUGGGGGAGAAGCCUGCGAGCUGCUCACCAUACUCACUUAUGCUCCGACGGUCCAGUUCGUGACUGCGACCGUGAAGAAAGCGAAGGCGCUCCCCUUCAACAACGCGCCUUUCGCCCGGAUCAUGCUCUUCGAGGGACGGCGACUUGUCGAGCAGAAGCAGACAACUGUCAACCCAUCCCUCGUGCACAAGACUUCUCUCGAGUGAGUUCUCAUUUUCCUUGACAUCAUCGGCAUUCCAAAUGAAUAUUCAGUGGCUCAAAGCCAUCAUCUUCCUCUGCUUCCAACUCUUCGAAUGACAAUCCCUCGGACGCCUCCUUCUCCGAAUCAUUCCUCUUCCACGUUCCCCCAACUAAACUCGACAAGUCGCACAUAGUCAUUGAAGUGAGCAUCUUUCUCCGAUGCUUAAUUCUCAAUCCAUCUCUAUUCAGUUGUACGACCACGACGAAGACGGCGGUCUUCAGAAGAUCGGUCACUGUGUGAUCGGUCGGCUCGUCGACGGAACCGGCAAUGCCCACUGGAUCCAAAUGGUUCGCCAGCACGGACUGCCCGUUUGUAUGUGGCACAAGAUAACCCCCAGUUGA